GUGUUGUCCUCCAAUGGUUUUUUUCAUUUUUUUAACUGGGUAUGGCGACCAAUCCAUUCUCUCGUAACGCAGCAUCUCCUGGUUUCUUCCCAGUCCCAAGUCGUUCACCGACUCCGCAGCAAUGUCGAAGGAAUCUGUAUGAAGAAAACGAAGUGUGGUGAAAUAACUCAUCUCCAAAUCCUUGAAAUAGGCACAUUGAUGCUGUAGUUAGACAAGUACCGGCUAAAGGUGUAGGUCACGGACUUGGUCGCCUUCUUCCGCCUCCUACUACUCCUCGUCUUCUCUAAUUGGAGGUGUUUUUUUUCCCUCGCAUGAAUCGUAGUCCGUGAACCUUGGAGGUCUUUGAAGUGUCUUGGAGCUUCGAAAAGGAUUUGAAUUUGGUAGAUUCUGCCGGGGGCUGUAUAAUCCUCGAGAGAUGAAUCCUUAUGUCGUUGGUGUUCUUGUUCCUCUUGUGGUUUCUCUUCUCUUCCGGAAGUCAAAGCAAGGAAAGAAAAGGGGCUUGCCUGCUGAAGUUGGUGGUGAACCUGGGUUUACACUCCGAAAUGCUAGGUACACUUCCCCACUGGAAACUGCUUGGGAAGGCGUCUCAACACUUGCAGAACUUUUUGAGCAGUCAUGCAGGCAGCAUCCGAACGAGCAACUACUUGGGACUCGUGAGUUAAUUUCCAGAGAAAGAGUGAGCAAGGAUGGAAGGUAUUUUGAGAAACUUCAUUUGGGAGACUAUGUAUGGCUGAGCUAUGGCAAAGUAUUUGAAGCUGUGUGCAACUUUGCUUCUGGUUUAGUGCAACUUGGGCACAGAAGGGAAGAACGUGCGGCAAUAUUUGCUGAUACACGAGAAGAAUGGUUUAUUUCGUUGCAGGGCUGCUUUAGGCGUAAUGUCACUGUUGUGACCAUAUACGCAUCUUUGGGAGAGGCUCUAUGUCACUCGUUAAAUCAGACAGAGGUUACCACUGUGAUUUGUGGGCACAAAGAACUGAAAAAACUUUUGGACAUCAGUGGACAACUUGAUACAGUGAAACGAGUGAUAGUUAUGGAGGAUGAGAAUGAGUCAUUGGUGAGGGGAAAUAGCAGCUGGACAGUUAUUUCUUUUGCUGACGUGCAGAGACUUGGCCAAGAGAAUCCUGUUGAUGCAGAUUUACCUGUUUCAGCUGAUAUUGCAGUUAUAAUGUAUACAAGUGGGAGUACUGGAUUGCCAAAGGGUGUAAUGAUGACACAUGGCAAUGUCCUAGCGACAGUUUCUGCUGUUAGGAUAAUUGUUCCUCGUCUUGAAAGCAAUGAUGUUUAUUUGGCAUACUUACCUAUGGCUCAUAUCCUUGAAUUGGUAGCUGAGAAUCUUUUAGCUUCGGUUGGAAGUGCCAUAGGAUUUGGAUCCCCUUUGACUCUUACUGAUACAUCAAACAAAAUAAAAAAGGGAACUAAGGGGGAUGCCUCAGUUCUGAGACCAACAGUGAUGGCUGCUGUCCCAGCAAUUCUUGAUCGUAUUAGAGAUGGUGUACUUACAAAGGUAGACACAAAGGGUGGGCUAUCCAAGAAAUUGUUUUAUCUUGCGUUUGGCCGUUUGUUGUCUGCAAUUAAUGGCAGUUGGUUUGGGGCUUGGGGCCUAGAGAAGCUUUUAUGGAACUUUCUUGUAUUUAGAAAGGUCCAAGCAAGUCUGGGAGGCCGCAUCCGUUUUCUACUAUCUGGAGGUGCUCCUCUCUCUGCAGAUACUCAAAGAUUCAUCAAUAUUUGUUUUGGCGCCCCAAUUGGUCAAGCGUACGGUCUCACAGAGACUUGUGCUGGUGGAACAUUUUCUGAGUUUGAUGAUACGUCCGUUGGUCGUGUAGGUCCUCCAGUACCAUGCUCUUAUAUUAAGUUAAUAGAUUGGCCUGAGGGUGGAUAUCGAACCAAUGAUUCACCAAUGCCCCGAGGUGAAAUAGUUAUUGGCGGUCCAAAUGUUACUGAUGGAUAUUUUAAAAAUGAAGAAAAAACAAAGGAAGCAUACAAGGUUGAUGAACAAGGAGUGCGGUGGUUCUACACUGGUGAUAUAGGGCAAUUUCAUGAUGAUGGUUGCCUUGAGAUUAUUGACCGUAAGAAGGACAUAGUUAAACUACAGCAUGGAGAAUAUGUUGCUCUAGGAAAGGUCGAGGCUGCACUAUUUGUCUGCCCUUAUGUAGACAAUAUCAUGGUGCAUGCUGAUCCUUUUCAUAGUUACUGUGUUGCUCUCAUAGUUGCUUCGCGGCCCACUCUGGAAGAUUGGGCUUCAAAGCAAGGAAUUGCUGCUACUAAAUUUUCAGACUUGUGCCAGAGAGAAGAAAUAGUGAAGGAAGUGCAUGGUUCACUCAUACAGGCAGCGAAGAAGGCGCGGUUGGAGAAGUUUGAGAUCCCUGCAAAGAUCAAAUUGCUCCCGGAAGCAUGGACUCCUGAGUCUGGGCUAGUCACUGCAGCGCUCAAGAUCAAAAGAGAUGCCAUUAGGAAAGCAUUCUCUGAGGAACUCUCCAAGUUAUAUGCAUCCUGAUGAUGAUUUGAGAAAACUUAAUUCUAUGAUGGGUGCGGAAUUUGGAUGAAGGGAUCGGUAAUCUAGUUUUCUGUGUUUCUUGUUUUUUCUUUUUGUUCCAUCUUGCCUCAAAUCACAUUCUCUUUUCAUUUAAUAAAAAUCUGAAAGCUAUUUUCUAA